AGCAAAACAGAUUAGAAAGAGAAAAAAGUGGCAAUACCAGUUAAAUCUUAACUUUUUCUUCUCCUAGAAAACAAAUAUGCCAAUUCCAAAAAUUGUCAUUGAAAAUUUGAAAGCAAAUAUGGCAAUUCCAAAAAUUGUCAUUGGAAAUUUGAAAGAAAAUAUGCCAAUUCCAAAAAUUGUGAUUGGAAAUUUGAAAGAGGCUAGACAUCCUGAUACCCUCAGGGCUGCCGCAGCUGAAUUCUUUUCCAUGUUUAUGUUUGUUUUUGUAGCUCAAGGAUCUGCCGUAGCCACCAAGUUAACAAGUGGAGGGAAACCCACGCAAGCCGGGCUGAUUUGGGAGGCAAUAGCACAUUCAUUUUCUCUUUUUGUAGCAAUUACUGUGGGAGCAAACAUAUCUGCGGGUCAUGUAAAUCCUGCUGUCACAUUUGGCGCUUUUGUGGGAGGUCAUAUUAGCUUUUGUAGAAGUGUUUUGUAUUGGAUUGCUCAAUUGCUUGGAUCUGUCGUGGCUUGCUUGCUCCUAAAAAUUGGCCAUAAUGGUUUGGAAACAUCAGCAUUCUCUCUCACAGCAGUAGCAAAACCAAUGAACUCAGUUGUUUUUGAGAUGGUAAUGACAUUUAGUCUUGUUUACACAGUUUAUGCAACUACACUUAACCCUAAAAGAGAUUACAUGAGAAUGAUUGCCCCUAUUGCAAUUGGUUUCAUUGUUGGUGCAAACGUCUUGGCUCGCGGUAUUAACUGUGCAUCAAUGAACCCGGCUUUGUCCUUCGGUCCAUCAGCUGUUAGUUGGACAUGGAACAGUCACUGGAUCUACUGGAUCGGUCCAUUUGUUGGCUCAGCCUCCGCUGCUUUAGUGUAUGAAACUAUAUUUAGUGACCAUAACACUUACGAGCAACUCUCCGCAGAUGAUUUUAGAGGAUAUUAUCAUCCAAUAGUUUGAUCCAGAAGCAUUAAGCAGAGCAGAGUAGUUGUGUAUAAUAUUCUUGUGGUUCGGCCCUAGCUUCCUCGAAGCCUACAAAUGUUGGAUAUUCAAGUUGUGGACAGAUUGUGGUUCGACUCUUCGUGAAAACCUGGAAAUGUUUCAAGUUGUGGACAUAAGUUCUUUCAAAAUAUUUUUAGGUCUGUUGGAAUUUUUUUUUGAUUGCUAAACCUUGAAGAAAUAUAAAAGAUGUAAUUUGUCUUGUAUUCCCUGGACUUUUGCUGCUACUUUGAUGCUUUUUGAGGGGUCCGUUAAUAUAGUAUUGGACUAACAGCUCAUUGGCUCUAACUCUUUCUGAUUAACUUAUGUGGGAAAGCAUCUUAAAAUGCUAAAUAAUAGUACUACAUUUCAAAUUA